UGCUGCAGCCCAAAAUCUAGCGCAGCGAGUGCACAGGCACGAAACGCGUCGGUUUUUAGCUGUAAAAUAGUCGCACCUCCCUCUUGACAGUUUAAAUACAAACAGGAAAAAGGAGUUAAAUACAGUUAGACCGUCAGCGCCUAUUUGUGCGACAGACACCUGCAUUUCAUAAAAGGAGAGGUAUUUAUUUUAUACGUCAGUCGAAUUAAAGGAUGUCGUUAUAGGCGGAGACAGAACCGUAAGCGGAGUUUCAUCACCAUCUGUCUUGCUUCGUUUCUAUUCGCUCGUCUGCACGGAAUCACGUCUUCAUUGUGGAGGUUGACAGCACAACUGAAGGAAGAUGAUUUCCGCGGUGACCACACGGCUACGUUUAAUCCUGAGGUAGACAUUUGGACAGUUCGUUGUGAGCACGUCUUCAUAUACCGAAAUUACAACGGAAGACCGCGCGGCGUCAUAUAUUCGGUUUAGCUUUGAGAAAACUACUUUGCUGCUUACUGGCGUUGACGUGACUUCCAUUGGAGAAUAAAUAAAGACCGGCGGAGUGGCACGUGCUAAAGCGACAAAAGGCAAUAGUUUUCCGAGGAGCGUUUAAUUGCAUUUGUGUUUUUUUCUUAACAGGCGAGUUGUAGCCUGUCUGUCUAUAGACGCCAGGCCACUCUGCCUCGUUAAUUGCAAAGUAAGGAUGGGAGAAAAGGUGGGCACAGACCAAAUUUCCCAUUAGGAUGCUUUGUGUGGAGUCUCUCUGAAUUGCUAACAUUGCUAACGAUAAGCUAUUAUAAUAAAUAUCUCUUAAAUAAAUAUAGGUUACUGUCUGAAUCAAGGCUCGAGAUAGCGAGAUCCACUCGCUGCAAGUUUAUUUUUAUAGAGUAUGGCACCUGGAGGUCCAGCAGCAAUGCUCCCUGCCUCUGAAGCCGCGAAGAUCUACCAGACUAACUACAUCAGAAACUCUCGCGCUAUUGGAGUCUUGUGGGCCAUUUUCACCAUUUUGUUUGCUAUUGUGAACGUUGUGUGCUUUAUUCAGCCUUACUGGAUUGGUGACGGCGUAGAUACUCCGCAAGCCGGCUACUUUGGUCUUUUCCACUAUUGCAUUGGAAAUGGACUGUCCCGGGAUUUCCUUUGUCAAGGUAGCUUCACUGAGUUUGGCUCCAUUCCCUCUGGUGCUUUCAAGGCCGCGUCCUUUUUUGUCGGAACGUCCAUGGUCCUCGUGCUCUCUUCUAUCGGCUGUUUUGCACUCUUCUUCUUCUGUAGCACUCUCACCGUUUACAAAAUAUGCGGCUGGAUGCAACUUGGCUCAGGUGUAUGUCUGGUGCUGGGAUGCAUGAUCUACCCUGAUGGCUGGGACUCAGAGGAAGUGAGGCGACUGUGUGGGGAGCAAACAAGUAAAUACACCCUAGGAGCCUGCUCUGUGCGCUGGGCCUACAUCCUGGCUAUCAUGGGCAUCCUGGAUGCAUUCAUCCUCUCUUUCCUGGCUUUUGUGCUGGGAAACAGGCAGGAUGGCUUAAUGGCUGAGAAACUUCUGGCUGAGAGCAAGGAGGGUGGAAAUGCCUAAAAAUAUUAAACGAUAGUUUAUGGACUGCACAUUGCUUCUCAUGCCAUCUUACCCAAGUUUGUGGAGAAAGAAUAUAGAAGGCCUGCAGACCUAGGAGCUGAUCUCAUCACCUUGACCAUCUGACCAUUGCAUCUAGAAGAUACUGUAUGUCUCAGUCCUUUACAGACCCUUAUUUAUCAGUUCCUUUAGUACAAGAUAUUAUAUUAAGAUGCAGACCAAUUUGCACACUUGUACACUACAGCUGAUUACAUUCUGAACUAUAAAGAUCAAUGCCAUGUCUGAGUGCAAACAAUUUAGGUACCCAAUGACCACGUUGGAAAUUACAUGUGCACUUGUAUGACAUUGAUACUUCUUGCAGUUACUUGAUUACCAUGUACUUAUAUAUUCAUGUGAACACUGUGACAUGUUAAUUCAUAAGGUUAAAUAUAAAAAAAAACCUUGAAGGCAAUGCAAACUUUUUUCAGUGUUUCUCUUUCUGUUUAAUAUUUUUGUGGAGAAGAACCUAAGAGCAAACUUCUAGAUUCAGGCCUUUGACAAUCCUGAUUUAAUAGAUAGUUACCAUAUUUAUCCACUGAGCAUUUUAAAUGUAUUAAAGUGACCCAUCUAAGCCAAUAUUAGCAAGUACUGACAGGUUUGUGAUUGGGGCCCAUUAUAUUUCUGUUGAAGACCAUGUUGUCAUUUUACACAUAUAAAAGAGAGGAAUCACUUCUUGCUAAAAAGGAGAAUCUGUUUUACUGGGGGUAGUUGCUCUCAGAUCAUCCUGAUGUUUACCCCAUGUUUAUUUUGGUAAGUGUGGUGAUGCUUAUGGUGAUUACAGAGUUCUAAAAAGGUGAAGGUUAUGGCAUUUGAGGAAGACUAUUUUGUGACACACAUCAUUACAUAUCAAUGAGAGCUUUUUAAAUGUAAAUACUAGCCAUUCAAUUCAAGGGAAAAAUCAUGAAUGUAGACUGUCAGCUUUGUGAUUGUAGAUACUAGCCUAGACUAAAUGACCAGGUGAGUCUUUCCUUUUCCGUAAGGAAGAUUAACAGUAAGACUGAAAAUGUUAAUGUUGGGCAAGCCCUAACCUUUCAAGCAUCUACUGUUAGUUUCAUACCACUGUACAUAAAUCAUAGAUAUAUUAAACAGUAUUAUUCUUAUUAGAGGAAAGUAAAGGUCAUGCAGCUCAAUAAAGGUUUUCACUCUGUAUUCUCAUUCAAA